CGGCAACAAUUUUUCUUGGCAUGCUAGCACUUCAUGGCUCUUGUUUACUUUGCAAACAGCUAAAGGCAAAGGGCUGCUCCUAAUCUCAUGGUGCUACGUAUUAAAGAAUAAAUGUGUCAGCAACAAUGUUCACAGCAGUAGCCAUGUGAGGUAGGUGCAUUUCCUACUUUUAUUAAGAAUACUUUAGCCAUGGAUUUGUUUCUUUCAAAGACAAUUGGAAGCAAAAGCUGAUUCUUACAGUACAAGAAAAUAACAACUGAAGCAGUCAAACAGAAAAUCUGUAUACAGCAGCUUAUGUUACGUAUAUCUUCUUACCAUAAGUCAUCAGGACAUUUACAAAAGUAUGAAUCCAUAAUAGCUAACUGGAUUGAGUUCAAAAUAAUUAAAGAACAAUGGACAAUAUGGAUAGCCUAACACAUAUGGAUUCUAAUAGACACCAGUCUUUUCGAUUUGACAAAAAAGCAACAUUUUCAGCACAGCAGACUUUAGCCUCUCUGCGGAGUAAACGCUUUGUCUUUCCUGCAGCCUCUUCCAGUGUUGACAUAUGGACAAGGAAAGCACCCGAUUUUACUCCUAAACUGUACAGAUCUUUAAGUUUCCCAAUGAACCAAAAAAAAAGUAAAGGCAUUUCACAGAGUCCUUUCAACCCAAAAGAAAGGCACAGCACUGUGGAUGAGAUCAACAGAACUCUACUACCUGACAUAGUGGAGAAAAGGGAACUGCCUAAGUUUGUUUCAAGAUAUAAACCACCAGAUCCGCAUGAAGCCAGAGUAAUAUUUGUGAAGACGGGGAAAAAUCCUACUGCAGUUUUCAAAGAUCCCAAGCCACAUGAUUUUAGACAGUAUGAGGAAAACAUCACUGAAUUUGUAACAAGUUAUGAUCGAGAUCCAAGAAAUAUAAAUUUCAAAUCCCGGCAUCUUAAUACAAUUCACCUGUCUCAGCAAGGUCAAGAUAUGGAACAAAAAAAUACAAGAGGAUUUAUCACAUAUAAACCAGCAGAGCCUAAAUGGGAGUCAAAACUGAUUCUUCCUACGAGACCUUGGCCCCUUAAAUCUGCUUCAUAUACAAGACACAGAAGAAGACGUGGUAUCCACACAGCACUAAUUGAUCGUGUAGAUGAAAAGCUAACCCGAAUUUGGGAGAUGGAAAAGCAGCAGCAGAACAAGUGAACAGUUCAUCAACCAAGAGAGAAGAAAGGAGACCCACCAUGUUAAGAAAACGACUUCCAUAUCUUCUGUUUCUAUUGUUUGUGCAUAUUUUGGUUACUAUUUGAAUUGGCAUCAGAAGUGCAGAGUAGAAGUAAAGAAUAUUUCACCUUUACAUUGAUGAAAAUGUUGUAUACUAUUUAAUAGUUCCUUCUUCAAAAACCCAAUGAACUAAUUGAUCUUGUAAAGAGUAUUAAAUAUACAUUUAACAUGUCCUGGAAUGUUCCAAAUGUUUACUCACAAAUCUGAUAAAUAUGUAAAAUAAUUAAACACCUUAUAUAUAAACGUC